AUGGGGCUCUGUUUCAGCGCCGAGUCCGCGGGGGAUGCGGAGCAGAAGAAGAGAAGCCAGAUGAUUGAUCGGAAGCUCGAGGAAGACUCCAAACGGCUACGUAGGGAAUGCAAGAUCCUCUUGUUGGGCUCCGGAGAGAGUGGCAAGUCCACGAUCGUCAAGCAGAUGAAGAUUAUUCACCAGAAUGGCUACACGGUUGAAGAGCUGGCUCUGUACCGGUUAACCGUUUACAAAAACCUGCUCGACUGUGCCAAGGCUCUCAUCGAAGCAUACCAUCAUUUCUCGCUCGAGCCGAGCAGCCAGAAGGUGCAGGACUACAUCGCCUUUUUAGAAGAAUACCACGUGGACCCCGAUCCCAAUACUCCCCUCGAUGCAAAAGUCGGAGAUGCCGUCACAUAUCUCUGGAACGAUCCGUGCACAUCAACCGUCUUGGAACGCCAAAAUGAAUUCUAUUUAAUGGAUUCCGCGCCAUAUUUCUUCGAGGAAGCCAAGCGAAUAACAGCCUCUGACUAUAUUCCCAAUGUGUCCGAUGUGCUUCGAGCACGUACGAAGACCACUGGUAUAUAUGAAACACGAUUCACCAUGGGUCAAUUGAGCAUACACAUGUUCGACGUUGGUGGCCAGCGCAGUGAGCGAAAAAAAUGGAUCCAUUGCUUUGAAAAUGUCACCUCCAUCAUCUUCUGUGUCGCUUUGAGUGAAUAUGACCAGACCCUCUUAGAAGAGAGCAAUCAAAACCGUAUGAUGGAGAGUUUGGUUCUUUUCGAUUCGGUGGUCAAUUCUCGGUGGUUCAUGCGGACCAGUAUCAUCCUCUUCCUGAACAAGGUGGACUUGUUCCGACAAAAGCUACCUCGCUCCCCAUUGAGCAAUUACUUCCCAGACUACUCGGGUGGUAACGAUGUCAACCGUGCGGCCAAGUAUCUCCUUUGGCGAUUCAACCAGGUGAACCGGGCACAUUUGAACCUAUAUCCCCAUCUCACCCAGGCGACCGAUACCACCAAUAUCCGACUGGUCUUUGCAGCGGUCAAAGAGACCAUUUUGCAGAACGCUUUGAAGGAUUCUGGCAUUCUAUGA